UCCCAAACUCAAAACAGAGUGUUAGAGUGUAAAAACAACAAAUAACAAUGAAGUUUUGCAAUUUCUUUACAUUCACCUUGGCUUUAAUAGUAGUGCUUCAAGCCUUAGGUGCAAGUGCGGACGAUGCUGGAACCAUAAUCACUCAGCCUCUCUAUAAUGAAUUCCUGAAGCACUUAACCGAUUCCAGAUGCGAAGCCCAUGGCUUCUACACCUACAAUGCUUUUGUCACCGCCGCCAGAGCAUUUCCCGCCUUUGGAACAACCGGUGAUGACGUCACUCGCAAGCGAGAACUCGCCGCCUUCUUCGGCCAAACAUCACACGAGACAACAGGAGGAACGACUAAUGCUCCAGAUGAAUUUGAAUGGGGUUAUUGCUUUUUGAGGGAACAGACUAAAGAACAGCACUGUGAUUCUACACAAGCACCAUGCCCCGCUGGCAAGCAAUAUUAUGGCCGUGGUCCCAUUCAGCUUACAAGCAACUCCAACUAUCAGCUGGCUGGACAAGCUAUAAAGGCAGAUUUGAUAAACAAUCCAGACUUGGUAGCAACAGAUGCGGUAAUAUCAUUCAAAACAGCUAUAUGGUUUUGGAUGACACCACAAGGGAACAAGCCCUCGUGCCACGACGUCAUCACCAAUGCAUGGAGGCCGACCGCCACUGACUCGGCGGCAGGUCGAGCCCCAGGCUACGGUGUCAUCACCAACAUAAUCAACGGUGGGAUUGAAUGUGGGAAAGGUGCCAACACAAACUCCAAUAAUAGAAUUGGAUUUUACAAGAGGUACUGUGAUAUCUUGAAGAUUGGCUAUGGGAGUAACUUAGAUUGUGCAAAUCAACAGCACUUUUAAAUUAACAUUACCACCCCUAGGGUAAACUAUUAUGUUUAAGUUGUUGAAUAAAUAUAGCUAUAGUUAUAUAGCCGUAUAACACUACUGUAAUAAGAGAGUGUGCAAACUAGAUCCACCUAUCGGGUGUAUCUUUGUUUUGCCUUGCAAUAAAAUUUCAGUUUGUUGA